AUGUAAUUAGACUUGCUUCAACAUGGUUUAUCAAAGAAAAGAGAUAAUGAUUAACCUAACUAAUUGAAGAUGCCUGGACAGUCUAAAAAGCAAUCGAAUACGCUAGAAAACUCUAGCAAGUAUCAAUCUAAUAUGAAAAUUAGUAGGGACUCAAACAGUCUGGCCAAUGACGCAGUAGGUUCUUAAAACCAGUCAAGAAUAAAAAAAGUAAUUUCUAAGAUAUCUGGUAAAAAGUAAGAAUAAAGCAUCAAUCAGGAGAUUAUUACACCGAGAACACCAAAUUAGAAUGAUCAAAUAUUCAGCCACCAUAAAAUAAAUGCUCACGUCUCGACGACAAUAAAUAGCGACACAUUAAGCUAUCUCAGUUUACUGAUGGUGCCUAAAAAUAUUAAUAAAUAAGAUCAAGCUAAUUUGACUGCUAUUCACACCAAUUCAAAUUAUCUUAAGCCACACAAAAACCAUCUCAUCUAGAAGUUACAAUCGAUACAAUCCUAAAAGCGUCAGGAGAGGUACCCUUAAUACAGAUAGGAUUCGCCUAUAAAGGAUGAUUAACCAAGGAAAAUAAAGAUGAAAAUAAACCUUGUUAGACAGAAUAAAUUUCAACACAUAAGUUUCGAUUACAACAUUGACUCUGACACUCCUGAUUUGAUUGCUCAGGAGAUGCAGGAAAACUUGCAACUCGACCAAGAUGAUACCAACUGA